AUGCUUCCCAAGGGUUGUAUAAAGAACAUUGAGGCUCUAUGCUCUAGAUUUCUAUGGACUGGAAACAUUGAUAAAUGUGGCAUUGCUAAGAUCUCAUGGUCAAUGGUUUGCGUGCCAAAAGAGGAGGGAGAUUGGCACUGGGACACACAUUUACAAGAUAAGUCCUUAUGGACUAUUGAGCCUUCUCCCACUGACUCUUGGGCCUGGAAAAGAUUGUUCAAGAUUCGCCCAGUUACUCUUCAGUUCUGUAAAAUCUCGAUAGGAAAUGGGCUUUCAGCUAGUUUUUGGUUCGAUGUUUGGUCCCCGUUGGGUCAGCUUAUCAAUUAUAUUGGAGCUUCAGGGCAGAGAGCUCUUCGUAUCAGGAGAAAAGCAGUCGUUGCUGAUGCAAUACAUGGUUCAUCUUGGUCGCUACCGCAUCCAAGAUCAGAGCAGGAAGUUGAUCUUUACUCUUAUAUUACAACUAUCUCUCUGCCUCUGACCCCUGAUAUUGAUGAUGUCUAUGAAUGGGUUGCUGGUGAUACUCCUUCUCGUUCUUUCAGGUCAUCAACCACAUGGGAAAUUCUCAGGCCAAGAUAG